GAGGUGCGCGCGCCCGCGCCGAUGUGUGUGAGUGCGUGUCCUGCUCGCUCCAUGUUGCCGCCUCUCCCGGUACCUGCUGCUGCUCCCGGGGCUGCGGGAAAUGCGAGAGGCUGAGCCGGGGAGGAGGAACCCGAGCAGCAGCGGCGGCGGCGGCGGCCGCGGCGGCGGGAGCCCCCCAGGAGGAGGACCGGGAUCCAUGUGUCUUUCCUGGUGACUAGGAUGUCGUCGGAGGAGGACAAGAGCGUGGAGCAGCCGCAGCCGCCGCCACCACCCCCCGAGGAGCCUGGAGCCCCGGCCCCGAGCCCCGCAGCCGCAGACAAAAGACCUCGGGGCCGGCCUCGCAAAGAUGGCGCUUCCCCUUUCCAGAGAGCCAGAAAGAAACCUCGAAGUAGGGGGAAAACUGCAGUGGAAGAUGAGGACAGCAUGGAUGGGCUGGAGACAACAGAAACCGAAACGAUUGUGGAAACAGAAAUCAAAGAACAAUCUGCAGAAGAGGAUGCUGAAGCAGAAGUGGAUAACAGCAAACAGCUAAUUCCAACUCUUCAGCGAUCUGUGUCUGAGGAAUCGGCAAACUCCUUGGUCUCUGUUGGUGUAGAAGCCAAAAUCAGUGAACAGCUCUGCGCUUUUUGUUACUGUGGGGAAAAAAGUUCCUUAGGACAAGGAGACUUAAAACAAUUCAGAGUAACGCCUGGAUUUAUCUUGCCGUGGAGAAACCACCCUUCUAACAAGAAGGACAUUGAUGACAACAGCAAUGGAACCUAUGAGAAAAUGCAAAACUCAGCACCACGAAAACAAAGAGGACAGAGAAAAGAACGAUCUCCUCAGCAGAAUAUAGUAUCUUGUGUAAGUGUAAGCACCCAGACAGCUUCAGAUGAUCAAGCUGGUAAACUGUGGGAUGAACUCAGUCUGGUUGGGCUUCCAGAUGCCAUUGAUGUCCAAGCCUUAUUUGAUUCUACAGGCACUUGUUGGGCUCAUCACCGUUGUGUGGAGUGGUCACUAGGAGUAUGCCAGAUGGAAGAACCAUUGUUAGUGAACGUGGACAAAGCUGUUGUCUCAGGGAGCACAGAACGAUGUGCAUUUUGUAAGCACCUUGGAGCCACUAUCAAAUGCUGUGAAGAGAAAUGUACCCAGAUGUAUCAUUAUCCUUGUGCUGCAGGAGCCGGCACCUUUCAGGAUUUCAGUCACAUCUUCCUGCUUUGUCCAGAACACAUUGACCAAGCUCCUGAAAGAUCGAAGGAAGAUGCAAACUGUGCAGUGUGCGACAGCCCGGGAGACCUCUUAGAUCAGUUCUUUUGUACUACUUGUGGUCAGCACUAUCAUGGAAUGUGCCUGGAUAUAGCGGUUACUCCAUUAAAACGUGCAGGUUGGCAAUGUCCUGAGUGCAAAGUGUGCCAGAACUGCAAACAAUCGGGAGAAGAUAGCAAGAUGCUAGUGUGUGAUACGUGUGACAAAGGGUAUCAUACUUUUUGUCUUCAACCGGUUAUGAAAUCAGUACCAACCAAUGGCUGGAAAUGCAAAAAUUGCAGAAUAUGUAUAGAGUGUGGCACACGGUCUAGUUCUCAGUGGCACCACAAUUGCCUGAUAUGUGACAGUUGUUACCAACAGCAGGAUAACUUAUGUCCCUUCUGUGGGAAGUGCUAUCAUCCAGAAUUGCAGAAAGACAUGCUUCAUUGUAAUAUGUGCAAAAGGUGGGUUCACCUAGAGUGUGACAAACCAACAGAUCAUGAACUGGAUACUCAGCUCAAAGAAGAGUAUAUCUGCAUGUAUUGUAAACACCUGGGAGCUGAGAUGGAUCCUUUACAGCCAGGUGAGGAAGUGGAGAUAGCUGAGCUCACUACAGAUUAUAACAAUGAAAUGGAAGUUGAAGGCCCUGAAGAUCAAAUGGUAUUCUCAGAGCAGGCAGUUAAUAAAGAUGUCAACGGUCAGGAGUCCACUCCUGGAAUUGUUCCAGAUGCAGUUCAAGUCCACACUGAAGAGCAACAGAAGAGUCAUCCCUCAGAAAGUCUUGACACAGACAGUCUUCUCAUUGCUGUAUCAUCCCAACACACAGUGAAUACUGAAUUGGAAAAACAGAUUUCUAAUGAAGUUAAUAGUGAAGAAAUGAAAAUGUCUUCUGAAGUGAAGCAUAUUUGUGGUGAAGAUCAAAUUGAAGAUAAAAUGGAAGUGACAGAAAACAUUGAAGUGGUUACACACCAGAUCAUUGUGCAGGAAGAGCAACUGCAGUUGUUAGAGGAACCUAAAAUAGUGGUAUCCAAAGAAGAAUCAAGGCCUCCAAAAUUAGUCAUUGAAUCUGUCACUCUUCCACUAGAAACCUUAGUGUCCCCACAUGAGGAAAGUACUUUAUUAUGUCCUGAGGAACAGUUGGUUAUAGAAAGGCUACAAGGAGAAAAGGAACAGAAAGAAAAUUCUGAACUUUCUACUGGAUUGAUGGACUCUGAAAUGACUCCUACAACUGAGGGUUGUGUGAAAGAUGUUUCAUACCAAGGAGACAAAUCUAUAAAGUUAUCAUCUGAGACAGAGUCAUCAUUUUCAUCAUCAGCAGACAUAAGCAAGGCAGAUGUGUCUUCCUCCCCAACACCUUCUUCAGACUUGCCUUCGCAUGACAUGCUGCAUAAUUACCCUUCAGCUCUUAGUUCCUCUGCUGGAAACAUCAUGCCAACAACUUACAUCUCAGUCACUCCAAAAAUUGGCAUGGGUAAACCAGCUAUUACUAAGAGAAAAUUUUCUCCUGGUAGACCUCGGUCCAAACAGGGGGCUUGGAGUACCCAUAAUACAGUGAGCCCACCUUCCUGGUCCCCAGACAUUUCAGAAGGUCGGGAAAUUUUUAAACCCAGGCAGCUUCCUGGCAGUGCCAUUUGGAGCAUCAAAGUGGGCCGUGGGUCUGGAUUUCCAGGAAAGCGGAGACCUCGAGGUGCAGGACUGUCGGGGCGAGGUGGCCGAGGCAGGUCAAAGCUGAAAAGUGGAAUCGGAGCUGUUGUAUUGCCUGGGGUGUCUACUGCAGAUAUUUCAUCAAAUAAGGAUGAUGAAGAAAACUCUAUGCACAAUACAGUUGUGUUGUUUUCUAGCAGUGACAAGUUCACUUUGAAUCAGGAUAUGUGUGUAGUUUGUGGCAGUUUUGGCCAAGGAGCAGAAGGAAGAUUACUUGCCUGUUCUCAGUGUGGUCAGUGUUACCAUCCAUACUGUGUCAGUAUUAAGAUCACUAAAGUGGUUCUUAGCAAAGGUUGGAGGUGUCUUGAGUGCACUGUGUGUGAGGCCUGUGGGAAGGCAACUGACCCAGGAAGACUCCUGCUGUGUGAUGAUUGUGACAUAAGUUAUCACACCUACUGCCUAGACCCUCCAUUGCAGACAGUUCCCAAAGGAGGCUGGAAGUGCAAAUGGUGUGUUUGGUGCAGACACUGUGGAGCAACAUCUGCAGGUCUAAGAUGUGAAUGGCAGAACAAUUACACACAGUGCGCUCCUUGUGCAAGCUUAUCUUCCUGUCCAGUCUGCUAUCGAAACUAUAGAGAAGAAGAUCUUAUUCUGCAAUGUAGACAAUGUGAUAGAUGGAUGCAUGCAGUUUGUCAAAACUUAAAUACUGAGGAAGAAGUGGAAAAUGUAGCAGACAUUGGUUUUGAUUGUAGCAUGUGCAGACCCUAUAUGCCUGCGUCUAAUGUGCCUUCCUCAGACUGCUGUGAAUCUUCACUUGUAGCACAAAUUGUCACAAAAGUAAAAGAGCUAGACCCACCCAAGACUUAUACCCAGGAUGGUGUGUGUUUGACUGAAUCAGGGAUGACUCAGUUACAGAGCCUCACAGUUACAGUUCCAAGAAGAAAACGGUCAAAACCAAAAUUGAAAUUGAAGAUUAUAAAUCAGAAUAGCGUGGCCGUCCUUCAGACCCCUCCAGACAUCCAAUCAGAGCAUUCAAGGGAUGGUGAAAUGGAUGAUAGUCGAGAAGGAGAACUUAUGGAUUGUGACGGAAAAUCAGAAUCUAGUCCUGAGCGGGAAGCUGUGGAUGAUGAAACUAAGGGAGUGGAAGGAACAGAUGGUGUCAAAAAGAGAAAAAGGAAACCAUACAGACCAGGUAUUGGUGGAUUUAUGGUGCGGCAAAGAAGUCGAACUGGGCAAGGGAAAACCAAAAGAUCUGUGAUCAGAAAAGAUUCCUCAGGCUCUAUUUCUGAGCAGUUACCUUGCAGAGAUGAUGGCUGGAGUGAGCAGUUACCAGAUACUUUAGUUGAUGAAUCUGUUUCUGUUACUGAAAGCACUGAAAAAAUAAAGAAGAGAUACCGAAAAAGGAAAAAUAAGCUUGAAGAAACUUUCCCUGCCUAUUUACAAGAAGCUUUCUUUGGAAAAGAUCUUCUAGAUACAAGUAGACAAAGCAAGAUAAGUUUAGAUAAUCCAUCAGAAGAUGCAGCUCAGCUUUCAUAUAAAACAAACAUGAACACAGGUUUCUUGGAUCCUUCCUUAGAUCCACUACUUAGUUCAUCCUCGGCUCCAACAAAAUCUGGAACUCACGGUCCUGCUGAUGACCCAUUAGCUGAUAUUUCUGAAGUUUUAAACACAGAUGAUGACAUUCUUGGAAUAAUUUCAGAUGAUCUAGCAAAAUCAGUUGAUCAUUCAGGUCUUGAUUUAUGCACUUUCCAGGUUGAGAGCUCACCUUUUCCAUUUGAUAUUGGUCCUGUCACUGAUGAUCCUUCCUCUUUGCCUCAGCCAAGUGUCAAUCAGAGUUCACGACCAUUAAGUGAAGAACAGCUAGAUGGGAUCCUCAGUCCCGAACUAGACAAAAUGGUCACAGAUGGUAAAAUAUUUGCCCUACAUCUAGGCUUUCUAAAAGACCUGAGAGCAAUUCUUGGAAAAUUAUAUAAAAUUCCAGAGCUUGGCGGGAAAGAUGUUGAAGACUUAUUUACAGCUGUACUUAGUCCUGCAAACACUCAGCCAACUCCAUUGCCACAGCCUCACCCACCAACACAGCUGUUGCCAAUACACAAUCAGGAUGUUUUUUCACGGAUGCCACUCAUGAAUGGCCUUAUUGGACCCAGUCCUCAUCUCCCACAUAAUUCUCUGCCACCUGGAAGUGGAGUGGGAACUUUCUCUGCAAUUGCACAAUCCCCUUAUCCUGAUGCCAGGGAUAAAAAUUCAGCCUUUAAUCCAAUGGCAAGUGAUCCUAACAACUCUUGGACAUCAUCAGCUCCCACUGUGGAAGGAGAAAAUGACACGAUGUCGAAUGCCCAGAGAAGCACGCUUAAGUGGGAGAAAGAGGAGGCUCUGGGUGAAAUGGCAACAGUUGCCCCAGUUCUCUACACCAAUAUUAACUUCCCCAACUUAAAGGAAGAAUUCCCUGAUUGGACUACUAGAGUGAAGCAAAUUGCCAAAUUGUGGAGAAAAGCAAGCUCACAAGAAAGAGCACCAUAUGUGCAAAAAGCCAGAGAUAACAGAGCUGCUUUACGCAUUAAUAAAGUACAGAUGUCAAAUGAUUCCAUGAAAAGGCAGCAACAGCAAGAUAGCAUUGAUCCCAGCUCUCGUAUUGAUUCGGAGCUUUUUAAAGAUCCUUUAAAGCAAAGAGAAUCAGAACAUGAACAGGAAUGGAAAUUUAGACAGCAAAUGCGUCAGAAAAGUAAGCAGCAAGCUAAAAUUGAAGCCACACAGAAACUUGAACAGGUGAAAAAUGAGCAGCAGCAGCAGCAACAACAGCAGUUUGGUUCUCAGCAUCUUCUGGUGCAGUCUGGUUCAGAUACACCAAGUAGCGGGAUACAGAGUCCCUUGACACCUCAGCCUGGCAAUGGAAAUAUGUCUCCUGCACAGUCAUUCCAUAAAGAACUGUUUACAAAGCAGCCACCCAGUACCCCUACGUCUACAUCUUCAGAUGAUGUGUUUGUAAAACCACAAGCUCCACCUCCUCCUCCAGCCCCAUCCCGGAUUCCCAUUCAGGAGAGUCUUUCUCAGGCUCAGACUUCUCAGCCACCUUCACCACAAGUGUUUUCACCUGGGUCCUCUAACUCACGACCACCAUCUCCAAUGGAUCCAUAUGCAAAAAUGGUUGGUACCCCUCGACCACCUCCUGUGGGCCAUAGUUUUUCCAGAAGAAAUUCUGCUGCACCAGGGGAAAACUGUACACCUUUAUCAUCAGUAUCUAGGCCCCUUCAAAUGAAUGAGACAACAGCAAAUAGGCCAUCCCCAGUCAGAGAUUUAUGUUCUUCCUCCACGACAAAUAAUGACCCCUAUGCAAAACCUCCAGACACACCUAGGCCUGUGAUGACAGAUCAAUUUCCCAAAUCCUUGGGCCUAUCCCGGUCUCCUAUAGUUUCAGAACAAAUUGCAAAAGGCCCUGUAGCAGCUGGAACCAAUGAUCACUUUACUAAACCAUCUCCUAGGGCAGAUGUGUUUCAAAGACAACGGAUACCUGACCCAUAUGUACGACCCUUGUUGACACCUGCACCUCUUGAUAGUGGUCCUGGACCUUUUAAGACUCCAAUGCAACCUCCUCCAUCCUCUCAGGAUCCUUAUGGAUCAGUGUCACAGGCAUCAAGGCGAUUGUCUGUUGACCCUUAUGAAAGGCCUGCUUUGACACCAAGACCUGUAGAUAAUUUUUCUCAUAAUCAGUCAAAUGAUCCAUAUAGUCAGCCUCCCCUAACCCCACAUCCAGCAAUGAAUGAAUCUUUUGCCCAUCCUUCAAGGGCUUUUCCCCAGCCUGGAACCAUAUCAAGGCCAACAUCUCAGGACCCAUACUCCCAACCCCCAGGAACUCCACGACCUGUUGUAGAUUCUUAUUCCCAAUCUUCAGGAACAGCUAGGUCCAAUACAGACCCUUACUCUCAACCUCCUGGAACUCCCCGGCCUACUACUGUUGACCCAUAUAGUCAGCAGCCCCCAACCCCAAGACCAUCUACACAAACUGACUUGUUUGUUACAUCUGUAACUAAUCAGAGGCAUUCUGAUCCAUAUGCUCAUCCUCCUGGAACACCAAGACCUGGAAUUUCUGUCCCUUACUCUCAGCCACCAGCAACACCAAAGCCAAGGAUUUCAGAGGGUUUUACUAGGUCCUCAAUGACAAGACCAGUCCUCAUGCCAAAUCAGGAUCCUUUCCUGCAAGCAGCACAAAACCGAGGACCAGCUUUACCUGGCCCAUUGGUAAGGCCACCUGAUACAUGUUCCCAGACACCUAGACCCCCUGGACCCGGUCUUUCAGACACAUUUAGCCGUGUUUCCCCAUCUGCUGUCCGUGAUCCCUAUGAUCAGCCUCCAGUGACUCCAAGAUCUCAGUCUGACUCUUUUGGAACAAGUCAAACUGCCCAUGAUGUUGCUGAUCAGCCAAGGCCUGGAUCAGAGGGGAGCUUCUGUGCAUCUUCAAACUCUCCAAUGCACUCCCAAGGCCAGCAGUUCUCUGGUGUCUCCCAGCUUCCUGGACCUGUGCCAACUUCAGGAGUAACUGAUACACAGAAUACUGUAAAUAUGGCCCAAGCAGACACAGAGAAAUUGAGACAGCGGCAGAAGUUACGUGAAAUCAUUCUUCAGCAGCAACAGCAGAAGAAGAUUGCAGGUCGACAGGAGAAGGGGUCACAGGACUCACCCGCAGUGCCUCAUCCAGGGCCUCUUCAACACUGGCAACCAGAGAAUGUUAACCAGGCUUUCACCAGACCCCCACCUCCCUAUCCUGGGAACAUUAGGUCUUCUGUUGCCCCUCCUUUAGGACCUAGAUAUGCUGUUUUCCCAAAAGAUCAGCGUGGACCCUAUCCUCCUGAUGUUGCUAAUAUGGGGAUGAGACCCCAUGGAUUUAGAUUUGGAUUUCCAGGAGGUAGUCAUGGUACCAUGCCGAGUCAAGAGCGCUUCCUUGUGCCUCCUCAACAAAUACAGGGAUCUGGAGUUUCUCCACAGCUAAGAAGAUCAAUAUCUGUAGAUAUGCCUAGGCCUUCAAAUAACUCACAAAUGAAUAAUCCAGUUGGACUUCCUCAGCAUUUUUCACCACAGAGCUUGCCAGUUCAGCAGCACAACAUACUGGGCCAAGCAUAUAUUGAACUGAGACAUAGGGCUCCUGACGGAAGGCAACGGCUGCCUUUCAGCACUCCACCUGGCAGCGUUGUAGAGGCAUCUUCUAAUCUGAGACAUGGAAACUUCAUUCCCCGGCCAGACUUUCCAGGCCCUAGACACACAGAGCCCAUGAGACGACCUCCCCAGGGUCUACCUAAUCAGCUACCUGUGCACCCAGAUUUGGAACAAGUGCCACCAUCUCAACAAGAGCAAGGUCAUUCUGUCCAUUCAUCUUCUAUGGUCAUGAGGACUUUGAACCAUCCACUAGGUGGUGAAUUUUCAGAAGCUCCUUUGUCAACAUCUGUACCAUCUGAAACAACGUCUGAUAAUUUACAGAUAACCACCCAACCUUCUGAUGGUCUAGAAGAAAAACUUGAUUCUGACGACCCUUCUGUGAAAGAACUGGAUGUUAAAGACCUUGAGGGGGUUGAAGUCAAAGACUUAGAUGAUGAAGAUCUUGAAAACUUAAAUUUAGAUACAGAGGAUGGCAAGGUAGUUGAAUUGGAUACUUUAGAUAAUUUGGAAACCAAUGAUCCCAACCUGGAUGACCUCUUAAGGUCAGGAGAGUUUGAUAUCAUUGCAUAUACAGAUCCAGAACUUGACCUGGGAGAUAAGAAAAGCAUGUUUAAUGAGGAACUAGACCUUCCAAUUGAUGAAAAGUUAGAUAAUCAGUGUGUAUCUGUUGAACCAAAAAAAAAGGAACAAGAAGACAAAACUCUGGUUCUCUCUGAUAAACAUUCACCACAGAAAAAAUCCACUGUUACCAAUGAGGUAAAAACGGAAGUACUGUCUCCAAAUUCUAAGGUGGAAUCCAAAUGUGAAAUUGAAAAAAGUGAUGAGAAUAAAGAUAAUGUUGACACUCCUUGCUCACAGGCUUCUGCUCACUCAGACCUAAAUGAUGGAGAAAAGACUUCUUUGCAUCCUUGUGAUCCAGAUCUAUUUGAGAAAAGAACCAAUCGAGAAACUGCUGGCCCUGGUGCAAAUGUCAUUCAAGCAUCCACUCAACUACCUGCUCAAGAUGUAAUAAACUCUUGUGGCAUAACUGGAUCAACUCCAGUUCUCUCAAGUUUACUUGCUAAUGAGAAAUCUGAUAAUUCAGACAUUGGGCCAUUGGGGUCUCCACCACCAACUCUGCCGGCCUCACCAUCCAAUCAUGUGUCAAGUUUGCCUCCUUUAAUAGCACCGCCUGGCCAUGUUUUGGAUAAUACCUUGAAUUCUAAUGUAACAGUAGUCUCUAGGGUAAACCAUGUUUUUUCUCAGGGUGUGCAGGUAAAUCCAGGAUUCAUUCCAGGUCAGUCAACAGUUAACCACAAUUUGGGGACAGGAAAACCUACAACUCAAACUGGGCCUCUAGCAAGUCAGUCUGGUACCAGUAGCAUGUCUGGACCCCAACAGCUAAUGAUUCCUCAAACAUUAGCACAGCAGAGUAGAGAGAGGCCCCUUCUUCUAGAAGAACAGCCUCUACUUCUACAGGAUCUUUUGGAUCAAGAAAGGCAAGAACAGCAGCAGCAAAGACAGAUGCAAGCCAUGAUUCGUCAGCGAUCAGAACCAUUCUUCCCUAAUAUUGAUUUUGAUGCAAUUACAGAUCCUAUAAUGAAAGCCAAAAUGGUGGCCCUUAAAGGCAUAAAUAAAGUGAUGGCACAAAACAAUCUGGGCAUGCCACCAAUGGUGAUGAGCAGAUUCCCUUUUAUGGGCCAGGCGGUAACUGGAACACAGAACAGUGAAGGACAGAACCUCGGACCACAGGCCAUUCCUCAGGAUGGCAGUAUAACACAUCAGAUUUCUAGGCCUAAUCCUCCAAAUUUUGGUCCAGGCUUUGUCAAUGAUUCACAGCGUAAGCAGUAUGAAGAGUGGCUCCAGGAGACCCAACAGCUGCUUCAAAUGCAGCAGAAGUAUCUUGAAGAACAAAUUGGUGCUCACAGAAAAUCUAAGAAGGCCCUUUCAGCUAAACAACGUACUGCCAAGAAAGCUGGGCGUGAAUUUCCAGAGGAAGAUGCAGAACAACUCAAGCAUGUUACUGAACAGCAAAGCAUGGUUCAGAAACAGCUAGAACAGAUUCGUAAACAACAGAAAGAACAUGCUGAAUUGAUUGAAGAUUAUCGGAUCAAACAGCAGCAACAGCAGCAGCAAUGUGCGAUGGCCCCACCUACCAUGAUGCCCAGUGUCCAGCCCCAGCCACCCCUAAUUCCAGGUGCCACUCAACCCACCAUGAGCCAACCCGCCUUUCCCAUGGUGCCACAGCAGCUUCAGCACCAGCAGCACACAACAGUUAUUUCUGGCCAUACUAGCCCUGUUAGAAUGCCCAGUUUACCUGGAUGGCAACCCAACAGUGCUUCUGCCCACCUGUCCCUCAAUCCUUCUAGAAUUCAGCCCCCAAUUGCCCAAUUACCAAUAAAAACUUGUACACCAGCCCCAGGGACAGUCUCAAAUGCAAAUCCACAGAGUGGACCACCACCUCGGGUAGAAUUUGAUGACAACAAUCCCUUUAGUGAAAGUUUUCAAGAACGAGAACGUAAGGAACGUUUACGAGAACAGCAAGAGAGACAACGGAUCCAACUCAUGCAGGAGGUAGAUAGACAAAGAGCUUUGCAGCAGAGGAUGGAAAUGGAGCAGCAUGGCUUGGUGGGCUCUGAGAUAAGUAGUAGUAGGACAUCUGUGUCCCAGAUUCCCUUCUACAGUUCCGACUUACCUUGUGAUUUUAUGCAACCUCCAAGACCCCUUCAGCAGUCUCCACAACCCCAACAGCAAAUGGGGCAGGUUUUACAGCAGCAGAAUAUACAACAAGGAUCAAUUAAUUCACCCUCCACCCAAACUUUCAUGCAGACUAAUGAGCGAAGGCAGGUAGGACCUCCUUCGUUUGUUCCUGAUUCACCAUCAAUCCCUGUUGGAAGCCCAAAUUUUUCUUCUGUUAAGCAGGGACAUGGAAAUCUUUCUGGGACCAGCUUCCAGCAGUCCCCGGUGAGGCCUUCUUUUACACCUGCUUUACCAGCAGCACCUCCAGUAGCUAAUAACAGUCUCCCAUGUGGCCAAGAUUCUACUAUAACGCAUGGACCCAGUUAUCCGGGAUCAACCCAGUCGCUCAUUCAGUUGUAUUCUGAUAUAAUCCCAGAGGAAAAAGGGAAAAAGAAAAGAACAAGAAAAAAGAAAAGAGAUGAUGAUGCAGAAUCCACCAAGGCUCCAUCAACUCCCCAUUCAGAUAUAACUGCCCCACCAACUCCAAGCAUCUCAGAAACUACCUCUACUCCUGCAGUGAGCACACCCAGUGAGCUUCCUCAACAAGCCGACCAAGAGUUGGUGGAACCAGUCGGCCCAUCCACUCCCAAUAUGGCAGCAGGCCAGCUAUGUACAGAAUUAGAGAACAAACUGCCCAAUAGUGAUUUCUCACAAGCAACUCCAAAUCAACAGACUUACGCAAAUUCAGAAGUAGAUAAGCUCUCCAUGGAAACCCCUGCCAAAACAGAAGAGAUAAAAUUGGAAAAGGCUGAGACAGAGUCCUGCCCAGGCCAAGAGGAGCCUAAAUUGGAGGAACAGAAUGGUAGUAAGGUAGAAGGAAACGCUGUAGCCUGUCCUGUCUCCUCAGCACAGAGUCCUCCCCAUUCUGUUGGGGCCCCUGCUGCCAAAGGAGACUCAGGGAAUGAGCUUCUGAAACACUUGUUGAAAAAUAAAAAGUCAUCUUCUCUUUUGAAUCAAAAACCUGAGGGCAGUAUUUGUUCAGAAGAUGACUGUACAAAGGAUAAUAAACUAGUUGAGAAGCAGAACCCAGCUGAAGGACUGCAAACUUUGGGGGCUCAAAUGCAAGGUGGUUUUGGAUGUGGCAACCAGUUGCCAAAAACAGAUGGAGGAAGUGAAACCAAGAAACAGCGAAGCAAACGGACUCAGAGGACGGGUGAGAAAGCAGCACCUCGCUCAAAGAAAAGGAAAAAGGACGAAGAGGAGAAACAAGCUAUGUACUCUAGCACCGACACGUUUACCCACUUGAAACAGCAGCUCUCUCUGCUCCCUCUAAUGGAACCAAUCAUUGGAGUGAACUUUGCGCACUUUCUUCCUUAUGGCAGUGGCCAAUUUAAUAGUGGGAAUCGACUUCUAGGAACUUUUGGCAGUGCUACCCUGGAAGGGGUUUCGGACUACUAUUCUCAGUUGAUCUACAAGCAGAAUAAUUUAAGUAAUCCUCCAACACCCCCUGCCUCUCUUCCUCCUACACCACCUCCUAUGGCUUGUCAGAAGAUGGCCAAUGGUUUUGCAACAACUGAAGAACUUGCUGGAAAAGCCGGAGUGUUAGUGAGCCAUGAAGUUACCAAAACUCUAGGACCUAAACCAUUUCAGCUGCCCUUCAGACCCCAGGAUGACUUGUUGGCCCGAGCUCUUGCUCAGGGCCCCAAGACAGUUGAUGUGCCAGCCUCCCUCCCAACACCACCUCAUAACAAUCAGGAAGAAUUAAGGAUACAGGAUCACUGUGGUGAUCGAGAUACUCCUGACAGUUUUGUUCCCUCAUCCUCUCCUGAGAGUGUGGUUGGGGUAGAAGUGAGCAGGUAUCCAGAUCUGUCAUUGGUCAAGGAGGAGCCUCCAGAACCGGUGCCGUCCCCCAUCAUUCCAAUUCUUCCUAGCACUGCUGGGAAAAGUUCAGAAUCAAGAAGGAAUGACAUCAAAACUGAGCCAGGCACUUUAUAUUUUGCAUCACCUUUUGGUCCUUCCCCAAAUGGUCCCAGAUCAGGUCUUAUAUCUGUAGCAAUUACUCUGCAUCCUACAGCUGCUGAGAACAUUAGCAGUGUUGUGGCUGCAUUUUCCGACCUUCUUCACGUCCGAAUCCCUAACAGCUAUGAGGUUAGCAAUGCUCCAGAUGUCCCAUCCAUGGGUUUGGUCAGUAGCCACAGAAUCAACCCGGGUUUGGAGUAUCGACAGCAUUUACUUCUCCGUGGGCCUCCGCCAGGAUCUGCAAACCCUCCCAGAUUAGUGAGCUCUUACCGACUGAAGCAGCCUAAUGUACCAUUUCCUCCAACAAGCAAUGGUCUUUCUGGAUAUAAGGAUUCUAGUCAUGGUAUUGCAGAAAGCGCAGCACUGAGACCACAGUGGUGUUGUCAUUGUAAAGUGGUUAUUCUUGGAAGUGGUGUGCGGAAAUCUUUCAAAGAUCUGGCCCUUUUGAACAAGGAUUCCCGAGAAAGCACCAAGAGGGUAGAGAAGGACAUUGUCUUUUGUAGUAAUAACUGCUUUAUUCUUUAUUCAUCAACUGCACAAGCAAAAAACUCAGAAAACAAGGAAUCCAUUCCUUCAUUACCACAAUCACCUAUGAGAGAAACGCCUUCCAAAGCAUUUCAUCAGUACAGCAACAACAUCUCCACUUUGGAUGUGCACUGUCUCCCCCAGCUCCCGGAGAAAGCUUCUCCCCCUGCCUCACCGCCCAUCGCCUUCCCUCCUGCUUUUGAAGCAGCCCAAGUCGAGGCCAAGCCAGACGAGCUGAAGGUGACAGUCAAGCUGAAGCCUCGGCUAAGAGCUGUCCAUGGUGGGUUUGAAGACUGCAGGCCACUCAAUAAAAAAUGGAGAGGAAUGAAAUGGAAGAAGUGGAGCAUUCAUAUUGUAAUCCCUAAGGGGACAUUUAAACCACCUUGUGAGGAUGAAAUAGAUGAAUUUCUAAAGAAAUUGGGCACUUCCCUUAAACCUGAUCCUGUGCCCAAAGACUAUCGGAAAUGUUGCUUUUGUCAUGAAGAAGGUGAUGGAUUGACAGAUGGACCAGCAAGGCUACUUAACCUUGACUUGGAUCUGUGGGUCCACUUGAACUGUGCUCUGUGGUCCACGGAGGUCUAUGAGACUCAGGCUGGUGCCUUAAUAAAUGUGGAGCUAGCUCUGAGGAGAGGCCUACAAAUGAAAUGUGUCUUCUGUCACAAGACAGGUGCCACUAGUGGAUGCCACAGAUUUCGAUGCACCAACAUUUAUCACUUUACUUGCGCCAUUAAAGCACAAUGCAUGUUUUUUAAGGACAAAACUAUGCUUUGCCCCAUGCACAAACCAAAGGGAAUUCAUGAGCAAGAAUUAAGUUACUUUGCAGUCUUCAGGAGGGUCUAUGUUCAGCGCGAUGAGGUGCGACAGAUUGCUAGCAUCGUGCAACGAGGAGAACGGGACCAUACCUUUCGCGUGGGUAGCCUCAUCUUCCACACAAUCGGUCAGCUGCUUCCACAGCAGAUGCAAGCAUUCCAUUCUCCUAAAGCACUCUUCCCUGUGGGCUAUGAAGCCAGCCGGCUGUACUGGAGCACGCGCUAUGCCAACAGGCGCUGCCGCUACCUGUGCUCCAUCGAGGAGAAGGACGGGCGCCCAGUGUUUGUCAUCAGGAUUGUGGAACAAGGCCAUGAAGACCUGGUUCUAAGUGACAGCUCACCUAAAGGUGUCUGGGAUAAGAUUUUGGAGCCUGUGGCAUGUGUGAGAAAAAAGUCUGAAAUGCUCCAGCUUUUCCCAGCGUAUUUAAAAGGAGAGGAUCUGUUUGGCCUGACCGUCUCUGCAGUGGCACGCAUAGCGGAAUCACUACCUGGGGUUGAGGCAUGUGAAAACUACACCUUCCGAUACGGCCGAAAUCCUCUCAUGGAACUUCCUCUUGCCGUUAACCCCACAGGUUGUGCCCGUUCUGAACCUAAAAUGAGUGCCCAUGUCAAGAGGUUUGUGUUAAGGCCUCACACCUUAAACAGCACCAGCACCUCAAAGUCAUUUCAGAGCACAGUCACUGGAGAACUGAACGCACCUUAUAGUAAACAGUUUGUUCACUCCAAGUCAUCGCAGUACCGGAAGAUGAAGACUGAAUGGAAAUCCAAUGUGUAUCUGGCACGGUCUCGGAUUCAGGGGCUGGGCCUGUAUGCUGCUAGAGACAUUGAGAAGCACACCAUGGUCAUUGAGUAUAUCGGGACUAUCAUUCGGAAUGAAGUAGCAAACAGAAAAGAGAAACUUUAUGAGUCUCAGAACCGUGGUGUGUACAUGUUCCGCAUGGAUAACGACCACGUGAUCGACGCGACGCUCACAGGAGGGCCUGCAAGGUAUAUCAACCAUUCGUGUGCACCUAAUUGUGUGGCUGAAGUGGUGACUUUUGAGAGAGGACACAAAAUUAUCAUCAGCUCCAAUCGGAGAAUCCAGAAAGGAGAAGAGCUCUGCUAUGACUAUAAGUUUGACUUUGAAGAUGACCAGCACAAGAUUCCGUGUCACUGUGGAGCUGUUAACUGCCGGAAGUGGAUGAACUGAAAUGCAUUCCUUGCUAUCUCAGCGGGCGGCUUGUCCCUAGGAAGAGGCGAUUCAACACACCAUUGGAAUUUUGCAGACAGAAAGAUAUUUUUGUUUUCUGUUUUAUGACUUUUUGAAGAAGCUUCUGGGAGUUCUGAUUUCCUCAGUCCUUUAGGUUAAAGAAGCGCCAGGAGGAAGCUGACAGAGCAGCGUUCCUGAAGUGGCCGAGGUUAAACGGAAUUACAGAAUGGUCCAGCACUUUUGCUUUUUUUUCUUUUCCUUUUCUUUCUUUUUUUGUUUGUUUGUUUUUUGUUUUUUGUUUUUUUUCCCUUGUGGGUGGGUUUCGUUGUUUUGGUUUUUUAGUCUCACUAAGGAGAAACUUUUACUGGGGCAAAGAGCCGAUGGCUGCCCUGCCCCGGGCGGGGGCCUUCCUAUGAAUGUAAGACUGAAAUCACCAGCGAAGGGGACAGAGAGUGCUGGCCACGGCCUUAUUAAAAAGGGGCAGGCCCUCUAACUUCAAAAUGUUUUUAAAUAAAGUAGACACCACUGAACAAGGAAUGUACUGAAAUGACUUCCUUAGGGAUAGAGCUAAGGGAUAAUAACUUGCACUAAAUACAUUUAAAUACUUGAUUCCAUGAGUCAGUUUAUUGUAGUUUUUGAUUUCUGUAAAAUAAGAGAAACUUUUGUAUUUAUUAUUGAAUAAGUGAAUGAAGCUAUUUUUAAAUAAAGUUAGAAGAAAGCCAAGCUGCUGCUGUUACCUGCAGAACUAACAAACCCUGUUACUUUGUACAGAUAUGUAAAUAUUUUGAGAAAAAAUACAGUAUAAAAAUAGUUAUUGACCAAAUGCUACCAGGCUCUGCAGCAGCUCGGGUGCUUAUAAAAUGUUCAUAGGGAUGUUACAAUAUAAUUUUGUGUUAUAAAAUAUGCCAUUAUAAUUAUGUAAUAACCAAAAUUUCAACCUAGAAGGUUUGGGGUUUUUUGGAAACUGCAGUCUAUUAGUACUUAAUGGUUUUAUACACCUUACUUCUGACAGAGCGGGGCGUAUGCUACGACUACAACUUUUAUAGCUGUUUUGGUAAUUUAAACUAAUUUUUUCAUAUUAUAUUGUUGCAUCCCUACUUCUUCAGUCAGGUUUUUUUGUGCUUACAAUUUGUGAUAACUGUGAAUAACUGCUUAAAAAUACACCCAAAUGGAGGCUGAAUUUUUUCUUCAGCAAAAGUAGUUUUGAUUAGAACUUUGUUUCAUGCCACAGAGAAUCAUGUAAACAUAAUAGGAUCAUGUAGCAGAAACUUAAAUCUAACCCUUUAGCCUUCUAUUUAACACAAAAAUUUGAAAAAGUUAAAAAAAAAAAGGAGAUGUGAUUAUGCUUACAGCUGCAGGACUCUGGCAAUAGGGUUUUUGGAAGAUGUAAUUUUAAAAUGUGUUUGUAUGAACUGUUUGUUUACAUUUCUUUAAUAAAAAAAAAACACUGUUUUGUGUUUGCUUGUAGAAACUUAAUCAGCAUUUUGAACCAGGUUAGCUUUUUAUUUUGUACUUAAAAUUCUGGUACUGACACUUCACAGGCUAAGUAUAAAAUGAAGUUUUGUGUGCACAAUUCAAGUGGACUGUAAACUGUUGGUAUAUUCAGUGAUGCAGUUCGGAACUUGUAUAUGGCAUGAUGUAUUUUUAUCUUACAGAAUAAAUCAAUUGUAUAUAUUUUUCUCUUGAUAAAUAGCUGUAUGAAAUUUGUUUCCUGAAUAUUUUUCUUCUCUUGUACAAUAUCCUGACAUCCUACCAGUAUUUGUCCUACCGGGUUUUUGUUGCUUUCUGUUCUGUAUAAUAGUAUCUAAUGUUGGCAAAAAUUGAAUUUUUUGAAGUAUACAGAGUGUUAUGGGUUUUGGAAUUUGUGGACACAGAUUUAGAAGAUCACCAUUUACAAAUAAAAUAUUUUACAUCUA